AUGUCUGCGGGUUUCUAUAUCGGAGAUGAGAAGACAGUCGAGUCCGUCCCCUCGCCACUCCUAGAUAUCUUACUUCUGUAUCGAAGUCUCGUGUGGGAUCUUUCUACUACACUCUACCUUCGAGGCGAAAUGGGCAAGAUUACCAUUGUCAACAACACAAAAGACAAAAUCACCGUUAGCAUCGGUGACACUGGCGAGAGUGGGGGAGCCGGAUUCUAUGAAAUUGCGUCAAAGUACUCUGACACUUGGCAACGAAACCUCUUGCAAGUGUGCUAUGUGUUGAGGGCCGACAAUGGAAACACUGAGGUGUUUGUUGGGGAGCCUGGAAAAACUUACCAAAUCGGAGAAGCAGGCAAUAUCAUGAUCAUGAACGAAGUCACCAUAGUCAACAACACCAACGAGAAAAUCACCGUUAGCAUCACUAACACCGAUGAGAAUGGGCAACUCAAAUUCUUUGAAAUCGCAUCAAAGAGUUCCAGCGCCUGGAAACGGAGCAGUUUGCAGGUGUGCUAUGUGUUGAGGACCGAUAAUGGAAAAACCGAGGUUAUUGUUGUGAAGCCUGGAAAAAAAUAUCAAAUCGACUGA